CAAAAAGGAAGAGCAAUCUAAAAGGCACAUAGAGGAGGAGAUCAAAAGAAGAGAGCCACAGAAGAAGAAAUGGAGACGAGGAACUGAAUUAGGACAAGACCAAGAAACCAAACCAGGGGAGUCGGAGGAGCAGCGGCAGAAGACAGGAGGGAUUCUUAAAGAUACAGGCAGCAAACGCAUGGAGGCGGCCAUGGAUCUGAUGCGGCGGAUGCCGCCGCGGAGCACGGAGACGGCGCUCAACGCGCUGCUGUCCCUCCUCCCCGACCACUCCCUCGACCUCCUCUCCCAGGUCGACCUCCCGCUCCAGGUAUGGAUGGAUAAGGAGAGCAUGAAGGAAUACAUUCUAUGCGAGUAUAACCGUGACGCUGACUCCUACCGAUCACCUUGGUCGAACAAGUACGAGCCUCCUUUGGAAGAUGGGACAGUUCCCUCUGAAGAGAUGAGGAAUCUUGAGAUUGAGGCAAAUGAAGUCUUUUCUGUCUAUCGUGACCAGUACUAUGAAGGUGGGAUCUCAUCUGUGUACAUUUGGGAGGAUGAAGAUGAUGGCUUUAUCGCGUGCUUCUUAAUAAAGAAAGAUGGACAAGGCAAAAGAGGGUACAUGCAGAUAGGUUCAUGGGAUGCUAUCCAUGUUAUUCAGGUUGGUCCUGAGGAGGAAGGAGCAGCACAUUACUGCUUGAACAGCACUGUGAUGCUAUCAUUGACAACAGACAACAAGCAUUCUGGAACUUUCAACCUAUCAGGGUCGAUUAGACGGCAGAUGAGUAUGACUCUUGCUGUGGCAGAUGGGCAUCUUGUUAAUAUGGGGAAGAUGAUAGAAGAAAUGGAGGGCAAGUUGAGAAAUUCACUGGACCAGGUUUAUUUCGGGAAGACCAGAGAAAUGGUUUGCACUCUUCGGCCGCCACCAGAAGUACUUAACAUGAGACUACCCGACAGCUGAGCCAAUGCAUAGAGACGUCAAUUUAACAAACGAAGAUAUGUUGUCUUGACAAUUAUUUCCUUAGGCAUAGUCUGUUUGUAUUCUUCGUUUUCAUAUGUACUUAAUAGUUAAUAGUCUGUGGAUCUGAAUCGACGACCCCUUCUUGUCCACCGAUCUGUGAUUAAAUGAGAAAGAUUGAGCGAAUCAU